AUGUCAUCUUUGCCAAACAAAACGACAACAACAACAACAACAACAGGAGCAGCAACAACACCUGUAGUCUAUUCGAAAUUCGUUAACGCAAGUCAACUACUUGCUUCAGUCAAGUCGAACAUGAAUAUCGAAUCGGAGGAUAUCUCAGAUCAAGAGUUGUUAGAGAUGGCAAUUAUGUUCGAAAAGGAACACCCGGAAUGUGUGUCUACUGUUACAAAAUAG